CACACAUGUUCAGAGCUGUUUCUUGUAAUAUAGUUAAAAAACCGAGAUCAGGUCGUGUCUUGCUUAGAAAUACACGUUAUUAUCAUGACGACGGUGUUUAUGGGUACCGAGUACCUAGAGAAUUCAAACUGCCUGAUUAUACAGAACAAGAAUUAGCCAACCGUAGCCAGUAUGGUAGCUUACUACGUAUGGUCCAAGCUUAUCGCACACACGGUCAUGAAGGCGCUCAGCUAGAUCCUCUGAAUAUAAUGAAAAGAAAAGAAGUACUUGCCUUGAAACCCGAACGAUAUGGUCUGGGCAAAGAUGAUGAACGCUACAAUCUUGCAGGUAUCCUUCAUACAAAUGACGCCUUACAAGAGAAUACAAGUGGUGGAGAAGAGGCAGAUUUCAAGACGAUCCUGAACCACCUUCAAGCUGUCUAUUGUGGGAAAAUUGCCUAUGAAUUUAUGCAUAUACCUAGUGCUAGUGAGAGAAGGUGGUGGUAUCAUGCUGUCGAGAGUUGGCAAAAACCUGAACUUACAGCAGAUCAAAAGAAACGAAUUCAUGAGCUCUUGGUAAAUUCAGAAGUGUUUGAUCAAUUUCUUGGUAAAAAGUUUCCCAACGUAAAGCGUUAUGGUCUCGAAGGAGCAGAAAGUAUGAUGGUAGCAUUAGAUCGACUCUUUGAGCUCUCGGCUUUGAAUGGUGUACAGGAUGUUAUCAUUGGAAUGCCUCAUCGUGGACGACUAAAUUUGCUCUGUGAUUUACUAAACUAUCCCCAUGCCGCUCUCUUCCACAAAAUGAAGGGCUUCUCAGAGUUACCUGAAGGAACCUUCGCUUCCGGUGACGUGAUUUCUCACUUGACAAACAACCCUGACCUUGAAUAUCAUGGUAAAAAGGUCCAUGUCUCCUUACUCCAUAAUCCUUCUCACUUGGAAGCUAUCAACCCUGUGGCUAUGGGUAAAGCCAGAGCGAAGCAGACAGAUCGUCUGGCCACAGCUGACUCUUCAUGUAACCUUGGAGACCGUGUAAUGUGUAUUCAAAUUCACGGUGAUGCAGCAUUUACAGGACAAGGCGUUGUCAUGGAAUCCUUUGGUAUGUCUAACCUUCCUCACUACUCAUCUGGCGGCUCUGUCCAUAUUGUCGUCAACAAUCAGUUAGGGUACACUACACCUGCACAAAAUGCUCGAUCUUCUGCAUACUGUUCCGAUAUUGGAAAGAUGAUUAAUGUUCCUGUUGUCCAUGUCAAUGGUGAUUAUCCCGAGGACGUAGCAAGAGCGUUGGACGUUGUAUUCGAGUAUCGUAAUAAGUUUAGAAAGGAUAUCAUUCUCGACCUCAUGUGUUACCGUCGUUGGGGACACAAUGAAUUGGAUGAACCUGCUUUCACUCAACCAUUAAUGUACAACAACAUCCGACACCGUACGUCAGUUCCAAAGUUGUAUGAAAAGAAACUUUUGCAAGAAUCUGUAUUGAGUGGAGAAAACGAAGUUGAAGCCGUUCGUCAGCGUCACGUUGAGAUGCUUGAGCAAGGUCUUCAGGAAGCAGAGUCUUACAAGCCAUCAUCCAACUAUCAUCUCGAUGGUAAUUGGAGAGGUAUCGAGCACAUCAAGGAACAACCUGAGGAGCAAGUAGAGACUGGUUGUGAUGUUGAGCUAUUAAAAGAAAUUGGCAAAUACUCUGUCACACCACCCGAAGGCAUCAAGGUUCAUCCUCGUCUUCAAAAAUAUCACAUCGAACAACGAUUAAAGAAGCUUUCACAAGGCCAUUCUCUUGACUGGGCAACAGCCGAAGCCCUUGCAUUUGGUUCCUUGAUGAAGGAAGGCAUGGACGUUCGUAUCUCUGGACAAGAUGUUGGAAGAGGCACCUUCUCACAGCGUCAUGCCAUGUUUGUCUGUCAAGACACCGAGCGCGCAGUAGUCCCAUUAAAUCAUAUGGAAAAUGUUAAAAGUCAUUUUGAGGUCGCCAACAGUCCCCUCUCUGAAUUCGCUGUGCUUGGUUUCGAAUAUGGCAUGUCACUUGAAUCGCCUAAACGCCUAGUCCUCUGGGAGGCCCAGUUUGGUGAUUUCUUUAAUGGUGCUCAGAUCAUCAUUGACACCUUCUUAUCUAGCGGUGAAGAAAAAUGGCUGCGUCAGAGUGGUUUAGUCAUGCUCUUGCCUCAUGGUCAAGAUGGUGCUGGUCCUGAACAUUCUUCUAGUCGUGUAGAGAGAUUCUUACAGAUGAGCAAUGAUCCCUUUGAUGUAAACAAGGCGCAUAGACAAGCAGCUAAUUGGCACAUUGUAAACUGUACUACUCCUGCACAAUAUUUCCAUGUUUUACGUAGACAGAUGCUUCGACAGUAUCGCAAACCCCUUGUUGUCAUAUCACCCAAGAGCUUAUUGAAAUCUCCUGUUGCUGUCAGUAAUUUGGAUGAGAUGGGCCCUGGUACUCGAUUCCAACCUGUCUUGGGCGACAACACAAUAGAGAAUACAGAUCAAGUCAAAAAGGUCGUCUUUGUCUCUGGUAAAUUCUAUUAUGACCUUGUCAAAGAGAGAGAGCGUAGAGGAAUGAAGGAUCGUGUGGCACUGAUCCGUAUUGAGGAAUUGAGUCCUUUCCCAAGAAACGAAUUGAAGAAGGAAAUCGAACAAUAUGGACACGCUGACGAAUUUGUCUGGUGCCAAGAAGAACCACAGAACGCUGGUGCUUAUUCAUUUAUGGCGCCAAGAUUAAGUCAGUUGAUUCCAAAGGACAAGGUAAUUCAAUACGUCGGUAGAGAACCACUUUCUGCUCCUGCCGUAGGUAUUUCUAGUGUAUUUAAGCAGCAAGCAAGUAAACUAUUAGAAGAUAUUAUGAAAUAAAGUGUACAAUUACGCCUUGACUUGAAUAUCUAAAGCGGAUGUCUCGGCCUCUGUAUGUUUAUAAAUGUAUCCAAUCCAUUUUAAUGCUAUAGCUCGUUUUGUUCGA